CUAUCUUCCGUAGCGCUAAUCGAUGGGACUUCAGCCUCUGAUUACUGCGUUUCGCUACUCUCUGGCUCUAUCAAGCAGGUACGCAAGCAAUCACUCCACAUCAUGUUGGGCGCCAAGCGCGUUACCCGUCCCAUCUUGUCGAAAAUACAAGCCCCCUAG